CAAAAUAUUGCUGCACCUACUCAACAAGCACCAGAUGACAAUCAUAAUCAUGCUCAACAACAAAAUCUGGAUCAGCAACCAGCCACACAAGGUCAAGAUUCACAAACUCAUGUACAUACACCACCUGCUCACAAUGACCCAACGCCACCGGUAGAUGUACCACAUCACCAAAAACACACUGCAAAUACACCCGCCGUACCCGCCCCUCACACACCACCAACACUUCAUGACUCGAACAAAAAGUGGAAGUUGAACAGGUUGUUAGCUGGCAGGUAUAAACAUGGUAGAAGAGAAAUUCGAGUUGAGUGGAAAAAUGGUUCAAGAACUUGGGAACCUGACAGUUCUUUUGACAGGGAAAUGCUUGAAGAAAUUGAUAAGAAAUUUACCAAACAUGGAAAACGUAGGAAAACUUGCUUCAAGCAUAAAUAUUAGACUGGUAACGAAAAAAAAUAAUAAAAUAUUGAAAAUUGUAUCAGUAAGACAAAGUAUGAUGGUAUCAAAAGGCCUUAAAUAAAAUGCAAAAAAAAGCAGGUUUUAGACACUAGGGCAGACACACUAAACAGGUAUAUAGAUUUUGCAGUCCUCUGUAACUUUGUAGAUAUCUGCAGAUCUACUGUGCACACAUUAUUUUUUUUUCUUCGCUAUCUCCCUAAUUUUAUUAUUUUUUUUUUUAUUUUUUUUUUAACGCCCCUUCCAAAAUUUAGGGGUUAGAGCGGUCAAAAUUUUGUACAUACUAUGUAUGAUACAGUGCGUAGUGCUAGUUAGUUUGGAUGACGAUUCAAAUUAACACCGACUGUUCCUACUUCCUCCUCAAAUUUUUUUUUCUUUUUGCUAUUUUGUAGCACCAUUACGGGGGAUCCUGCAUAGUUUCAUGUUCCUUUUGGUGGCCUUACUAGUUCUUGACACUGCAUCAUCAUCAUCAAUUAAGACAAAAGAAAAUAUCAUCCAUAGGAUCAAUUAUGGAGUUUUGUUCAAGGAAGAGCCAAACAUCAUCCUUGCACAAGAAUAUUGGUUAAACACCUUCAGAAUCCCACUCCCAAAGAGGUUUGCCAUUCCCCAACAAGUUCUGAAAUGUCCCCAAUCAGAACAAUAUUGCAUGACUUAUAAUAACAUUGCUAGAUUCAUUCAUAGUUUACAUGUAGAAGUUAUGAGCCACUACAAUGAAACAAUGCAAUCAAUUCGGGUUCUGAUUCCAAGUGUAGACCUUAAGGUUCAACAAAGGAGACAGACAAGGUCAUUAUUACCAUUUGUAGGUUCAUUGUCCAAAAGUCUUUUUGGCACAGCCACAAUGGAUGAUGUAAAUAUACUUGCGUCCCACAUUAACAUGUUGACAAGGCACACUAACCAAAUGGCUAAACUUCUGGUUCAACACAAUGAUCACUUAUCAUCGUUCAUGCAACUAACCGAUUCACGUAUUAAUAAUUUGAAAAAUGGAAUUAAAAACAAUGCACAAGCUAUUUCACUUUUGGCUAACAAACUUUCUAACAUUGACCAAUUAGUAGCUACUGUAACAAACUUUUCAGAAAUAUUGGUCAACCAAGUCAACAAAGUUACUGUUUUUAAGAACAGACUUGACAAGCUAGAAACAUCUAUUCAAACAUUAGUCGAGGGAAAGCUCUCACCAUUUCUAAUUUCAAAAACUCUACUUAUGCAUACCAUUCGUCAAAUUUCGUCAUUGUUGAGAAAAUCUUACAAAGGGUUUGAGCUUGUUCACACUGAUCCUUCCUAUUUUUAUUCUGAAGGUCAAUUUGUUUAUGCUAGACAGGGAACCACAUUAUAUGUAACGAUUAAAUUUCCAAUUUCUUCUCAACAAAGUAGCAUGCCAUUGUACAAAGUGGUAUCCAUGCCUGUCCCCAUGUCUAGCAAUGCCUCUACUGGACAAGCUACACAAUUGUUAUCAUUACCAGACUAUUUUGCAAUCACUCAACAUCAUGAUAAAUAUAUUCAGUUGAAAGAAAAGGACCUGAUAAACUGUCAGCAGGACAAAACUGUAGUGUGUAAUACUAACUAUGCACUGACACCCAUUACUAAAAAUAGUUGCAUUUUAGCACUUUAUUUUAACAAUGCAAAGGAUGUUCAUCGUCACUGUCAGUUUCGCUAUCUUCAGGGCUAUACAUUUGAACCAUCUAUUGUAGAAUUAACACCAACUUCUGUGUUACUAUAUCAUAGUCCACGCAUUUCAUUAGACUGCCCUUCAGAACAGAAAAUGUUACCAGGAUGUCAAUUUUGUAUCUUAAAUAUUCCAUGCAGAUGCUCUCUGCAAACAUCCAGCCUUUAUUUUGCUCCCCGAUUGGUAAAUUGUUACAAUCAAACAAAAUCCUUUUCAGUUGCACACCCUGUCAAUUUGGCUUUAUUACAGGAAUUUUUCGAGCACUCCAAACUGUCUCAUAUCUGGCCAAAUUCCACUUUUUCCAAUCCUGUUUCAUUUUCUAUUCCUGAAUUUCAAUUAUUUAAUCAUUCAUUCAAUCAAGUUUUGGUCAAUGAUGCAAAAAGUCACUUGAAUCUUACAAAAAUGGUCCAAGCUACCAUAAAAGAAAAGAAAAUAUUUCAACAUUUAGCAGAGCCCUUGAUAGAUGGAGAAAUUGACAUCACCCCACCGUGGCCCUCAACUAAUGAUAUGCUAACAAUGGUUGCUAUUAGCAUAGCAGUAUUAGCACUAGCAUGUUCCAUCCUCCUAUUCUGUAAACUUAGAAAAAUGCACAUUGCCCUGAUGCUCCUUCAAAGUGUUCAACAAGUUAAAUCUGAGGUUGCAACCAACCCAUCAUUUAAUUUAGUUUAUAACCGGUUAACUACUACAGCACCUGAAACAGCUGAGUCUUCAAAUUCAUGGUUAAAAGAUGAAUUUUCAUUAUUACAUGCUUCAGUUAUAAGUGGCAUUUUAUGUUUCAUUUUGAUUAUUAUUAUUUUCAUGUGGCUUUAUCGGAGAAAAUACAAAAAACAUACUUUUCUUGCUUUAGAACUCACUUCAGGUGGUGACUGUGUUCUACUCCCCAUUAUGCAUUUGUCACUGUGUCCUUCUUAUUAUGACAUCCCCACACCUAAUAUUGGUGAUAUAUCCAUUUCACCCUUUCCAUACAAUAAAGUUUAUGCAAAUUGGCUACAUUUUGGAAUCACAGACAAACGAACAGAGAAAACUAUUUUUGUACCCACAGUCAUUUCUACUAACAUUUUUACAGGAUAUAAGAUCACACAAAUUCUUAAACAACCUUUCAGCGCCUAUGUUGUGUUGAUUCAUCACAACUAUGCACAUGCACUUAAUUGACCUACGACAAUCUAAUAUUAGCAGCAUCAUCCAAUUGGUUUAUCACAUUUUAAUUUGUCAAAAUUAUCCAACAUUUUGUUACUUUGCUUUUCGGAACCUGCUGUCUCUACAAUUGAUUUGUCAUUUUUGUUUCUCCAUAAUGAAUCACAGGACUUGUAUUGCCAUUUCAUUUCUCUCCUUUUGGUAUGUUCUUUUUGUAUAUACACUGUCAAAUAUUGAAUAUUUUAUGUUUUUAUUGCACAUUUUAGUCUCUGACAAUUUCAGGUUCCUAUGACUUUUUUUUUGCAAAUAUCUCCCUUUGUACAGGUAUACAUAUAUAGGUAUUUUCUGUUUGUCUGUAACUUUUUUUUUUAUGUCUUUCUCUUGUUUCUAAAUUUGAGCUUCCGAGGUCGAAAGCAAUUGGAGCAAGGGGGAAAAUAGUCAUAACACCAAAUUUUAUUUUUAAAUAAACAUUUGUGGGAAGACAGAUAUGUAUUAAAUAAUUUCAUGAUUUAUGAAAUUCAUAAUUUGGGACUAUAAUUUUGGUUUUUGAUAACAUUUUCAGAGUUGAUUUUUUUUUUUACAGAUGUCUCUUUAUUAUGCAAUAUAAAUACGACAUACAAAUGUCCUUUUUUGGUGUUACCUGGGUAAAUUAGUCUUUUCAAAAAAAAACCGCAAAGGUGCUUCCGCUUAUAAAAACAUUGGCCUGACACGCUAAUGGAACUCCAUUGUAUAUAUGUAAUUGAUUUACUUUGAGCUGUUACUGACCAAUGUUUAAUCACAUCGAUGCCCAAGUGAUUAUGUAAUAAUAUUUAGUUCCUUUUGUUAGUUUGUCUUUUUUUUGUAAAGAAGGCCGCAAGGCCUGAGGUCAAGCACAGGUGUACCUAUUAUCUCAAUUAUCGUGACUAUCUUUUUAAGGUCACGUGAUUGCUCAUUUUAAAUAAUCUUCUUUAUUAGGAAAUUUUUUACAACUUUGUUUCGGUAAAUCAACCAAUCCUAAAUUCUGAUUGGCUAAAAUCCUGGAAUCCAAAGACGCAGGUUUGUCGGUGGAAAUGCGCCCAAGCUUGGUCACUUCCAUCGACGCCAUCCUAAAUAAAACAUCUGAUAACAAUUAUUAUACUUAUAUCUUCUUUCUUUGGAUUUCCAGGUAUGUAAAUUUAAGUUUUCAUUUAUUUGCAAUUAGAUAUAAAGUCACCUUGAUAAAGGAUAGUGUAUUUUUUAUUUUGUACAUAAUCCUGUUUUUAUUAUCUUCUAAAUUUGAGCUUUUAGUAAAGUCUUUAAAAGUUAAAUUAAAGUCAUCAUCUAUUAGGUAACGUGCAACAUGACCUCAUUUAGUGUACAGUACUUUAUAGAUUAUAGAUUGUAUUUUUUAAUAAUUUUUUUGGUGUAUAUCAUAUUUAGCUACAGUCUCCAGUCAUAUUUUUAUAUCACAUUUAUUUUUAUGCAUAUCAUAAGAAAAGUAGAUUUUGAAUUUGGCGCUUUUAUUUAUUCCCGCGCUCUUUUAUGAAAAGAGGUAAAAAGGUUGUUUGUUUAUAAUACAUGUCUAACGGGAUCAUAAGUGUUAGGAUGUUCGCAUUAAAAUUCCACCGUAGAGGACGAGCCAUAUUUGGAAAGCUCCCACGAGUAGAGCUGUUAAUUGAUCCAACAAGGAUAAUAUCCCUCAAAGCGAGUUAUUUCCCCUUUUAUAACGAAAAUAAUAAUAACACGGGAAAACACCCAAAGUAACAACGUGUUAGAAAGGUA